AUGGAAAAGUGCGUGCCUGAAAAGGUCGAGUACAAGACCUUUUGGUGCAGGUACUACUUCCUGCGUCACGUCAUUGAGAGCGAAGAGCAGCGGAGAAGGGAGAUGCUCAAAGCAUCUACGCCAGCCGCCGACGAGGAAGUCGCAUGGGACGAAGACUCCGAGGAAGAAGAGUCAGACGAGGAAGAAGACGAAGAAGACGAGGAAUCAGAAGACGAUUCUGAAGAAGAAUCCGACGAAGAUUCGGACGACAACGCCACCGUCGCCGCAAAACCCACACAGACGACCCCGAAACCCACCGGCUCUGCAACCCCCAACAAGCCCGCCGCCGCCGCCGCUCCUUCUUCCUCCAAAGACCUCGCUGCAUCCGUCAAAACGCUCAAGCCUACCGAUGAAGCAAAGGCCCAAGCAGCUCAGCCCCGCCGCUCAAACGACGAAAAGAGCGUUGCCGAUAGUGACGCUAGUUAUGAUCUCGUCAGCGGAGCCACGAGCCGUGCGCCAGGCAGCCCUGAAAACGACAAGAAGAAGGCGGCUACCGAGGAGAGUGAUGAGGAGGACUGGGAGUGA